CGGCAGUAUUAUGGGAUGGUGGAGGUGGAAUGGCGCUCGGCGCGUGAUUUUGAACAAACGUCUCCGUGUGUCGGCGGUCUGGAUGCAGCAGCGCAAAGCCGGGCUCGGCUGGGGUUGUGUUGAAAAGAUACAAGAAGGCGCCGACAGCAAUCACAGCUGGACACGGAGCGCAUCGGGGAUCUCCAGUAAGACUUGCUCGGGGCAAGCAAACACAUCCCAAACCGAGAGGGACGGCUGAGGCAUUAUAAGCACCAGCUUCCACUGACUAUUGUAAAUAGCAUCCAGGCACGGAGCCCGAUUUCGUGUCUCCGCAACAAGAGAACGUCCUGGCCUGACAAAAUGUCUCCACUUAGGCUGUCAGAUCGGAACGGAUGCUCGUCGUGAAGUCCAUGAAAUCGGUCAUCGUUGUUUAUUCUUAGCUACAUAGGUCUUUUUCCUGAUUAUUUUCACUAAACAACACCUGCCCCCGGACCCAGGAGAGAGUGCGAGAGAAGCGCUAAAGAGAUGUCGAUGACAGCCAAGCCCAUAGGUCACCUACAACCCUCAUUUAUUUGGUAGUACAAUAAUCCGUCUGAUUUUGCGUUUCUUGUGACUCCUGUGUCCCAUGUACACGCGUUUUCACCCUGGAAUGCGUUUUAUUUUAAAGAACCUGUAGAAAAUCGCUGAAUCAAGGGAUUUGUUCACGAACAAGGGUGGCUGAGCCUGGCUGCAGCGAGUGAAGAUGGAGGUGGUGUCACCCGAGCUGAACAGCUUGCUCCCCGAGGAGAUCAUGGACACUGAGGCUAUCGUGGUGGUAGAGGACCUCCCAGGAGAGACUGCGGUGCCUGUUGAGGAGUUGGAGCCUGAGGAGGGACAACAGGAGGCGCCGCUGCCCAUGGAAACUGAACUGUCAGAGAGUGAGAUUGCUACCCUCAGCACCACCCUGCCACAGAAAGUCCAGCCUCUGGGCUCCUCGGCCCCCUCUGAUCCAGCCCUGUCCAGCACCAACUCUGGCAGCCAGCUGCUCCUUGCCACCUCCAGCUCGCCAGCUGUCAAGUCCGCCACCGCGAAGCUCGCUGGCGCCAAGCCUGCCAGCCCCGCGCUGAGCACGGGCCUGCAGAAACUCACCGCCCCCUUCACCCUGUCCCCCAACCACCAGAUCAUCCUCAACAAGGUGGCUGCCUCUUCUGCCGAGGUCAAGCCGGCCACGACGCAGGUCAUCAAGCAGGAGGGCCAGAAGCUUGUCGUCACUACCAUCGGGAAAGCCGGGCAGCCCAUUGUGCUGGCGCUGCCCCACACGAGUCCAAAACCAGGCCAAGCCCAGACUGGCGGAGAGGUUAAGGCCCAGUCCCAGCAGUUUAAGGUGGUGACCAUUGGAAGCAGGACUGAUCUGAAACCCGUGGUGGGGGUACAGGCCAUGAGUUCAGCCAGCCAGCUCCUUGGAACUUCCCAGCAUUCACCCCUGCAGGCCCAGCAGCUAAAAACGGUGCAGAUUGCUAAGAAAACUCAGACGUCUUCAACAGGACCAAUGAUCACAAAGUUCAUCAUCACAAAGCCAGUGAACAGCAAGGGUGUCUCAGGCCAGACGUCUGUCUCCCCAGUGAUUGCAGGAAGGGUCCUCUCCCAGAACCCACCAGGGACACCGCCAAGGACGAUUGCCAUCUCGGACAGCGUGGUCAGCGCCACCCUCAACACGACGCCACAAAGUAUCUCCAGCAGCAAGAUCGCCAUCUCUCCCCUUAAGUCCCCCAGCAAGCAGCUAACGGUGGUGUCCAUGGCCUCGCAGUCCCCCAGCUCUCCCCAAAAACCUGUGGGCGUCCCGAUCAACGUGGCCCUGGGCCAGCCCAUACUGGCAGUGCAGCAGUCUGCCCCCUCCUCGCCAGCCAAAGUGGUUUCUAAUCACUCUGCUCCACAGACGGUGAAGCCGGUCCAGACGGUGGCAGUAGGAGGAGUGGGCACCCCGCAGUUCAAGACCAUCUUCCCCUUGGCCACCUCGCCCAACGUGCAGCAGAUCCAGGUGCCGGGCAGCAGGUUCCACUACGUGCGCCUGGUCACCGCCUCCACGGCCAGCAGCUCUCCGCAGACCGGCAGCCCCAGCACCAACUCCCACACGCUGCAGACAGCCAAACCAGUGAUGGUGAAUACCACGCCAGUCCGAAUGUCGGUUCCCAUUGUUCCUGCGCAGACCGUGAAACAGGUAGUCCCUAAGCCUCUGAACGCCACCUCGCAGAUUGUUACAACCAGCCAGGCACAGCAAAGGCUCAUCAUGCCAGCAACUCCCUUACCUCAGAUUCAGCCCAAUCUAACUAGCCUGCCCCCAGGAACUGUCCUGGCACCAGCCCCGGGCACAGGCAACGUGGGCUAUGCUGUCUUACCAGCUCAGUAUGUCACACAGCUCCAGCAGUCCACCUUCGUGUCCUUAGCAAGCAACACCAGUUUCGCGGCCUCUGCAGGUAUCCAGACCCAGGCCAGGUUGCCUCUCAAUGGGUUGUCUCCAUCGGAUUCUGCGUCCAGACCAAGAAAACCAUGUAACUGCACAAAAUCGCAGUGCCUCAAAUUGUACUGUGACUGUUUUGCGAAUGGAGAGUUCUGUAAUAACUGUAACUGCACUAACUGCUUUAACAACCUUGAGCACGAGACCGAGCGGCUGAAGGCAAUUAAGGCCUGUCUCGAUCGAAAUCCCGAAGCUUUCAAGCCGAAGAUUGGGAAAGGGAAGGAAGGGGAGUCAGACCGUCGCCACAGCAAGGGCUGUAACUGCAAGAGAUCCGGCUGCCUCAAGAACUACUGCGAGUGCUAUGAGGCGAAGAUUAUGUGCUCUUCGAUCUGCAAGUGCAUCGGCUGUAAGAACUUCGAGGAGAGCCCGGAGAGGAAGACUCUGAUGCACCUGGCGGACGCGGCCGAGGUCCGCGUGCAGCAGCAGACGGCGGCCAAAACCAAGCUAUCGUCCCAGAUCUCCGAUCUGCUGACCCGGACCACACCAGCCAUCACCAGCGGGGGUGGAAAGUUGCCCUACACAUUUGUCACCAAAGAUGUUGCCGAGGCAACGUGCGAGUGUCUGAUUGAAGAGGCGGAAAGAGCGGAGUUAUCGCACCGACCUCAGGCAGUGGCGGAGAGGAUGAUUUUAGAGGAGUUUGGACGAUGUCUCAUGAGAAUCAUAAACUCUGCAGGCAAGGCCAAGACAGACCCGUGUUCCAUAAACUGCUAAGCCAUUCUGCAAAACCCCACACCACAGACAGCACUGGGAUUGUGAAAGUAAAGGCUGACUGCACACCCCUGUCAGAGCACAAGGUGUACAGCAUGGGGAGAGCCCCUUGAGUUAGUGUCAGAGGACCCUUCCAUUUGGGAUUCAUGAUGCCAGAAAGUGCUAAAUGUACAAUUCAAAUAGGUUUUCUGUAAUUUUGUUUGCCGCUCUUGAUUACCCUCCAUCAUGAUGUUUUCUCAAGUCAUUUCCAGAUCAGAGAGUGCCGUUUCUGCUGUAUUCUCCCGAAGGAAAGGUGAUCUUUGGCUUUUUGUCCCAGCUGAUUUCUACCACUUGAACUAUGAGCCAGAAGGUUUCUGCUCAGAAAGAAAGAAAUUAUCCAUCAUGGUUCUCAUCACAAACUGGAGAAAGGUUUUAGUUUUUGAAACGAACAGGCUGGAAAAUUCUAAUGGAUGUUUGUAGACUUGUUUUAUUUGUUUUUAAAGAUGGGUACAUUUGUCACAACUACAGAUGAAGGUGAGAAAUACAGUGAUAAUGCAAAAAUUGUCUGUUUUGAGGCGACAGUGGUUGAAAUUAAGAUUCUUAACUGUUUAUAUAUCAUACACACUCAGGUUUCAUUCCAUAAUAAAGGAAAGGUCUAAAUUGUGAGUUUUGAUUGUGUACCGUACAGUUAUGAAGGUUUGACCAUCAGUGUCACACCUUCAAUUUUGCCAGACCAGCAACAGUUUGUAGUUACCUGGUCCAAAAUCAUCCUUCGUUGAGGUUUGAAUAGGCCCUGCUCACAUGUAUCCGUUUGAUCAGUUACGGUAUACAAUAUAAAACCCUUUCAUAUUAUUGUGUCUGCUCAUUGCCCUUUUCAAACAAAAUAAAAGGCAUCUUAACCCAAAAUUAAAGCUUAAAGUAGGGCUUGUUCAAUCCUGGUUCAUGACAGAAAUUGUAUAGUAAGUGAUUGCCUGUGAAAAUAACCUUUAAAGCACAUCAGUUCACUUAUCGAUUCAAAAUCAAUAGAAAAUUGUUUUACUCAAUGGAUCAUUAAAUGAGAGCUUGUGCCUACCUUUUGUGAUGCUUACAAAAUUUAUCCUGUAAAUGAGGAAGAGUACACUCUGGAUGAAAGAAUAGAAGUUCAUGACUUUACUAAAACCAGGGGUUGAAUUAGAGUACAGAAGGCCACAAUGAGCUGUGUGCCUUCCAGCUCAGGAUUGCAUGAAGCGCUCUCUAGCAGGAAUUUAGCUUCCUGGGGAUGUUAAAUGUUCACCUUGCAGGCUGACUUGAUUUGUUCGGGAAAGCCAAGAUCAGUCGGCCCUCCCGUCUACCACUGACACCACAGCCGUGGACAAAAAAACAAAGGUCUUCAUUUUCCAACAGAAGUAAUAUAGUGUAGCCAAAACACACAACAAAAAACAAUGAAGCUGGUGGAUGACUAUGCUGCUGUCAGCAUAUCUUUAGAAACAAUGGAUCAUCUGAAAAUGAGAACUGUGUCCUCUAUACACAGGUAGGACGUUGCUCUUUUCAAUUCUAGCUGAUGAAGCAACAGGUGCAUGAGAUAGAUAUAAGCUGUAUACUUCACUUUAACUAUUAACCUGUCAGCUAGAAUAUCAAUGACUUCUCCAGUGUUUUUAAGCUGCCUGUUCAUCUUGACCUUUUCUCUGCUGUGGCAUAGCUUGUCAUAGGGCUUAGAUUUCAACAAUGUGCAGUUCUGAUUUUUAGUAGGCUUAUGCUACUUUGUUUCAGAACUUGUACUGCACAGAGGAGAAAUACUGUACCCUAGUUAUUUAACUUGCAUUCCUCUUAAGUUACGCCUCAGAAAACUGAGAAAUAGAAAAGGGAAACACUUAACUCACUUCAGUCCAGUGCUGGUGGAAACGUUCAGUCCUGGAAGGUAAGCCCAAGGAAUUUGUAGUUUUCCACUGCAGUUAAGUGGGGGGAUUUAUCGUGUUUCCAUUUGAAGCUGCUGUUUCAUUUGGUCCUCUUUGCACUUGCUGUGACUUUCUGUUCUGGAAAUGAUGUCCUUUCCUGUUGUGUCUCAGUUUGAGAUUAAAGGUUUUAAUUCUAUUUAAAAUACAAUGUGAGAAUUUCAAAGGUUGACCCACGUUUCCUCUGUUCUCUGUAGGUAGUGUGGUAUUUAAACUAUUAAUCAAAUUUUGAAUCUUUGAAGGUACAUUAAGAAUGUAGCCGAGACUUUAACAAUGCACUUUGCUGCUCAGUUUGAGCUUAUGAAGGUCAUCUCCUUCACAAAAUGCAACUGUUAAUUUUUUUUUUCCUACUUAAUUUAUAUUGAAGGAAUUUGCUUGUGAGACCUAAUUUAAAUUGGUACAAAAAUAUCUGAAUCAACUGCAUGGGUGCAAGUCUCAAAACCUGCACAAAAAGGCCAACUGUGUCUGUUCAGUGAAGCUUUAUAAACCUCCUAGAUGGGCUACAAAAGAUGGCAGGUAGCAUUUUACCUUUCUGGAUAGUGAUUCUUCCAGAGAACUGACUUGUUGUAAAGAAAGAUUAUUGUUAUGUUAUUUGAGAAUUAGUGUCUGAAAAUGACUGAGAUAUUUGUUUGCUGCAUUACAACAGUAAUUUCUACUGUAGCAUAAGGGUCACCCAUGCACGCCAAAUGUCCCCGAAGGUGUAACAAAAUCCAGCUAAGUAUCUGAAUCAGAGAGGUUCAGUGCUGUUUUACCAACACACAGCUCCUGUGCUACAGUACUGUGAGUGUCUUUUGAACUCCAGCAGGCUCUGACAUUUGGAUUAGGAAUUAAUUGCAGAUCAGACUAACAUUCAUGCUCCCUGGUAUCGCGGGCAUCUGAGCCCUGCUGACAGUGAUCCAAGCAGAGUUCUCUCUGAUGUGGGGACAACUUGACUGGAGGGUGAUCUUCUGAUCUUCAAAUCAGAAUGUUAACCAAACUGGAACUUUGUUAAAUAACUGGGAAAUAUGCGUUUACUCCCAGAUGUUGAAAUUGGUCUACACCGAUAUCAGCCUCCAACACUUUUCCCAGUCCCGUUGUCAGAUGUCGGACCAAAUUACAUUGACUAUGGAGUCUUGGGAAGAACCAGUAGCGGCAGCUGUGUGGAGCUGCGGCCAGGGCUCUGUGGGUUCAUAUCCCAUGAGGUACUCUGCUGUUGUACCCUUGAGCAAGGUACUUCACAAAGAUUGUUCCAGUAAAACACCCUGCUGUAUACACGAGUACAAAUAUAAGUCACUUUGGAUGAGAGUUUCAACCAAUUAAUAAGGAAAGAAGGACAGAAAUCAGGCAUUUUAAAAUUAUUUUUUUUCCCUUUGGUGUUCUGUCUUACCAUGAUUGGUGAUUUGAUGGUGUAUAGAGAUGGGGAACGUGAAUGAGUAAAGCCUUCUGGGAAAAAAUAUUAUGAACAGACAAUGUCUGUGACCUUUUGCCUAUUUUGAAAGCUGUUGAGCUGCACCCUUUGUUUACCUGCCAGAGUGAACUUGUUCCCAUAGUUUUGCAAGUGUGAUUUGUGUCUGAAGAGACCCAGAUAAUCAUGAUGGUGUGAUGGUGCUCUGAGAUCGUCUGUCUAUUUAGAACACCCCCAGCCUUAAGCUUCAACUUUGCUCAGGGCCUCUAGGAUUAUAUAUUCAACAUUUCACUGCGAGUAGCUGACUGCUUUGAAUAGUACCAUACUAGGCACAUGUGUGAGGCUUGGAAAUACUUCUGAUGUGUAUUAUUUUGAUGCUGUGGUUGAUUUUCUUCUUUCUGGAACUAGUAUGAUAACAAGCCGCUUGACUGUUGUUUUCCCUCAAUAGCUACUUUCUAGGAUGAGGAGAAUCUCUGUCCUGCACCUUUCUUGUUCUGCUGGUACUACAUGGCUGAGAUGGAAGUUGUGGUCCUGCCAUAAAGUAAGCCCAUUUACCAGUCCGUGUAAAAAAAAAAAAAACUCAUCGGGCUGUGGCUUCUCUUACUGGAUGGUGCAUGCAUUGUUUUGUUUAGCGCAGCAGAGAGAGCAAAUUAUUUUAACCGCUUCAAAUGGAAGAUGUUACUGUUCCAAUUUAUCUUAUUUUUAUUAAAUCUGCAGAGAUGUACAAAAAAUGUACAACAUAGCACUUAUUUUAAUAAACAUUGGGUUUUAGUAGCUGAUAGUUUUAGUAGUCAUCUUUAUGGACUUGUGGCAUCCAUUUCAAUUUCUAGAUUCCACCCAGACGUUUGUAAAAUUUCUAAACCACACUUCACUGAUCACUGCCACUUCAUUUGAUGUGACCACUACAAAACCCAAUAAGGGAGCAGAGAUAAAGGAGAAACAGGAAGAGGUGCUGGGCGGUGGGAUGGUCCAUUACUCUGUUUACACCAGUACUGGUCCUAGAGGGCCGGUGUGCCUGCAGGUUUGCCAGGUCUCAAUUAAAAGCAGCAGCAGAGCUGGGAGAAGCUGUUAAAUUGGUCUAAUUUGGGCAGUGAUGAGCUGAUUAAAAGUCAUUGAGAUCUGAAUUGAAAAGAGAACCUGCAGAGACACCAUCCCUCCAGUAGUGUUCAACGUGCUAAAAACAUGGAUGAUGGGGACACCGUUUUUUUUAUUAGGUGGUGGUCAAAAGGGCUGUGGAACAAUGGAAGAACGCACUGUGUUUAGGCUGAACAUCCCAUUGUCCUAACUAAACUUGGCUUUUCUGCCACCUUCACACUGUGUAAUUUCAAAGGCAGGAGGUUGCUUUUCAUUUUGACACAAAAAAAGGGUAACAAUCCAGGCUUAAAAAGUGCAGAGCCUGUUUUCUGCUGACAGUUGUUGCCCACUUCGACCUCGGUCCGUUUUUAAUGUGUGUGUGUGUUUGGAUUAUCCAGGUAGUCAACAGCCUGCCUCCCAUUUCAGGGACUGGAAAGAGAAAAGAAACUGUAUAAAUGUAAAUUAGUGUAAGCAGAUCCAUUAGAGCUUCUUUCUACUUUAUCAAGGUUUAAAGAAUUUUCAAUAUUUACAUUUUUUUAAAAUACCCGAAGCUCUCUACUAAUAUGUAAAUGUUUUUCCUUCACCUCUUUGUGUAUUGAAGGUCUUGUGUGACGCAAAAUCUGUAGUGUUUGGAGCUGUAGAUUGUGUAUGUUGGUGUGACCAUUGCUUGUGUUACUUUGAAGGUGGAAUGAUUUUUUUAAACUUUUUUUUCUAUCUGCUUUGUAAACAUUUCUGCUUUUGUUGUCUAGAGAAUUAUUUAAUUUAUCAACCUUUCAUCCCUCCCUUAAACAACUUACAUAAAGUUGACAGUAUAACAUGUAGUCUCAGAAUUUAAGAAAAAAAUUUAUUUGCAACCUUUAACAGAAAGAUUUAUAUUUAGUGAACAUGCUUAAAAUGUUCAGUGACAGUCUAUAUUGUAAGCAAACUAUAAAUCAAAUAAACUUUAUACAGUUCUGUAA